UUAGAUUCUCGCUUAGAAAAACCAGUGACAGAGCUUUCACCUCUCAAAGUUAAAGAUCUACCAAUGAUGACGAACUGCGACCCUGAGGUUUUUUAUAAGGUGAUGACCAACAUGGCAAAUGAACCCAUGGCUUCUUACGGACUAAUUUUAAAUACUUUUGAAGAUCUUGAAGGACAUGCACUUGCCACAAUUCGCCAAGAAUAUUACCCCAAUAUUCCAAUUUUCUCACUAGUCCAUUUCACAAGUGUGGUCCUACAACCUGUUCUUCUUCAAGUAGUUUAUUAGCACAAGACCAAAGUUGCAUUUCAUGGUUAGACACUCAAGCUCCAAAAUCUGUUGCUUAUGUUAGCUCAGGCCUCAGAUGGACUGAUUUUCAAUACUUUUGAAGACCUUGAAGAAACUUCACUGGCCAAAAUACGCCACGAGUAUCUACCCAAUACUCCAAUUUUCCCAAUAGGCCCAUUUCACAAGUAUUCCCCUUCCCCUUCUUCAAAUAGCCUAUUGUCACAAGACCAAAGUUGCAUUUCAUGGCUAAACACUCAAGCACCAAAGUCAGUUGUUUAUGUGAGUUUUGGGACCGUUGCCAAAAUGGAAGAAGCUCAAUUUUUGGAGAUAGCUUGGAGACUAUGCAAUAGCGACCAACCCUUCUUAUGGGUGGUUCGACCUAAUUUAGUCCAUGGAUCGAAUUGGCUCGAACAAUUACCUAGUGGGUUGGUUGAGCCUUUGAACGGGAGGGGACACAUUGUGAAAUGGGCGCCACAAAAUGAAGUGUUGACCCAUCCGGCAGUUGGAGCCUUUUAGACCCAAGGUUGGAAUUCUACAUUCGAGAGUGUUUGUGAGGGGGUCCCCAUGAUUUGUACGCCAAGUUUCGCCAAUCAAAUGGUUCUUGCAAGAUAUGCGAGUGAAGUUUGGAAGGUCGGGUUGCAGAUUGAAGAUGGGAUUGAGAGAGGUGUGAUUGAAAAAACAAUUAGGAAAGUAAUGGUGGAGAAGGAAGGGGAAGAGAUGAGAGACAGAGCCUUGAAGCUAAUGGAGAAGGCAAAUCUUUGCCUCAAGCAAGGUGGCUCCUCAAACCAAUCUUUGGAUGGGUUGGUUAAACAUAUUUAAUCAUUCAAACCAUUUGGUGUUCUACAAGAAUAACAUAUAAAUAGUUCAUCAAAACUGUUUUGUUCCUGUUUUUUUGUCAAACGAUAUAUUUUGUUAGAUUAAUCAUUAACGGGAUUUGAACCUACAUCGUCAUAUAAGGGCUCAAUACAUUUCCACCAUUAUUGUUCUUUUAUUUUGACAUUUUUUAUUUUAUUUUUUUAUCACAAAUUAACAUUUAUUUAAAACACGGGGCCAAUCCAAAAAAGGCAAAAACCCAACAGAGAUUAAGGAAAUCCAAGUAGACAGAGCCCAGCUCAAUAAGCCCAAAAAAGUGUGUAUUCUAACAAACU